GAGAUCAUCAAAAUGGCGACAGGAAUUCGGAGAGCCUUGGUUCAAGAACCAUCUUCUCCAUUGAUUUCUGAAGCUGGUAGAGAGUUAUUUGAAGCCUGUAAAAAUGGGGACUUAGUUAAGGUCAAGAAGCUCGUAAAUACCAGUAAUGUUAACGCCAAAGACACAGCAGGAAGGAAAAGUUCGCCUCUACAUUUCGCUGCAGGCUUUGGACGUAAGGAUGUGGUUGAGCACCUGCUUCAGUGUGGGGCAAGUGUCCACGCAAGAGAUGACGGAGGUCUCAUACCACUACACAAUGCCUGCUCAUUUGGUCAUGCUGAAGUCGUCCAGCUGUUGCUCCGCCAUGGGGCUGAUGCAAAUUCAAGAGACAACUGGAAUUAUACUCCUCUUCAUGAAGCUGCCAUUAAAGGAAAGAUAGAUGUCUGUAUAGUUCUGUUGCAACAUGGAGGUGACCCUAGCAUAAGAAACACAGAUGGCAAGACUGCCUUAGAUUUAUCAGAUCCCCUCACAAAGCCAGUA